CACACACACACACACACACACACACACAAAUACAGACAAAUAACAAGAGCCACAAAUGAGCUCUAGGUCGCUAUAGAGCCGUCACAACCCUCAACAACAACUCUAUUAACUAUACACAACACAAACUAUAAGUCAUGUAUUAAGAAGUCAAACAGGGGGCUACUACCUCCUCCUCCUCCUCCUCCAGCAGGUGAGGGAGGUGGGUGUGGUCCCUUCCUCCUGCUGGUGACGUGAGUUACCUGUGUGUGUGUGUCGUUACCUGAGGCUGGACACAUCCUUACCAUGGACCCCGGCAAGAUCUUCCAAAUUAUUACCAACAGUACGCUGCUUGCGACGCGGCUCCUGUCAGGGUCUGGGCCCCUGGAGUUCUCGGAGCCUCGCUACUGCGCCGUCCUGUCUGAAGACGCCCAGCUGGCGGCCACCGUCCUGGCUGUCACUGCCACACACAGUCAAGGUACAGCAGUAAGGUACAGCAUCACGGGAGGCAACAAGGACGGGCUCUUCACCAUCGACCAACACUCGGGAGUCAUCACCCUGGCGGCCGCCCUCGACUUUGAAGCUCACGACAAGCACGAGUUAGUGGUGGCGGCAGAGGGGGAGGGCCAGGCGGCACACACCAUGGUACAGGUGACAGUCCUCGACGUCAACGACAACGCGCCAUACUUUCUGAACCCUAAACCUCAAGUGACUGUCGUGGAGGAGGACGACCGUCACCUACCAGCUACCAUCGCCACGGUGGAGGCGACUGACGCAGACUGGCUGGACCACCACGGGCUGCUGUACACGGUGAGGGGGGAUGGUGUUGACGGCUUCCACCCCACCGACGCUUUCUUCUCCAUCAACUCUCUUACCGGGGAACUCAUCCAGCUCAAGGCGCUGGACCGUGACCCGCCCAGGGGGAUGAAGGUGUGGAAGGUGAGGGUGCAGGUGAGGGACGGUCAGGCACUAUGGAGUCGCCAGGCCAUGGAUCGUCUUCUGGCCUCCAACUCCAAGAAGAAGAACAAGGGCCAUAGCGCUAAAGUAAACAGAAGACGAAGAAGCGAGAGUAAUAAAUCUAAUACAAGAAAUUCACAAAAUGAAAAUAUCCCUGCGGAGUCUUUUGUUACGUUAGAAGAAAACGGAACUGUGAGUAAUAUUGAAAGAAAACGAGGUUAUCGCAGGGGUAAAUCCGAUAAAAGAGGCUUGGUAAGAGAAGAUGCUCAGGAAUAUCCUUUAGCUGCCUCCGCCUCAGGGAUCAAUGGACUUAGAAAUGUUGGAGUAAAACUGUCAAUGGACAAGACAACAGAAGCAAGAGAUGGUUAUAUCCCAGGUGACAAGUAUGAAGCCUGGGUGAACAGUGAACACAAACCCGGGACAGUGAGAGGUAACGCUAGAAAUACAAGGAACACCGAAGAUAAACUUGGAAUCAUGGAAGAAGAGGAGACUGAACACCAAAGAAUGAUACGUGAUGAUGAUGACAAUUUCGAACAAUCGGAAUCUAGACACAGAAAAGAUAAUACAAAGGUUAUAACUAAAAUAAAAGAGAGAGAUUCCAUUUCAGGUGGUCACAAGGACACUGUCUCACUGUCCAGACCGACCCGAGGACUCCUCAAGUCUCCUGACAAACAAACUUAUGACAUUAACUCUGACCUCAAGAUAGACUCCACUAAGAGGGUCAUAAAUGGUCCUUCACACGUCAGCCGUCGAGGGAACAAUGACUCUGUAGCCAUGGGGUAUCCACUAUUUUUUAAUCCAUAUAAUGAACUCAGUGGUCCAGGCCCAGAGUCAGCACAAAGCCCAAGUCGUUUGUUUCCUCCAUCACAAAAGGGAGUUAAAACGCCAGACGCCGCCAAGUUCUCUGAUCACGAGAAAGAUAUAUUAUCCAGGUACCAAACGUCAACACUUCAAACAAGUGACCCAGACCCGACUGUCAGGGCUAACAGCAAUAAUGAAGACAGACGCUUCGAGUAUUUCACACGUAACAAUGUGGCAAUUUUACCUGAUCAGCCCAGGAGCGAUAAGAUGAAGAAGUCAUUUUCUACUGUUCUGGACCCUCAACCCUCCCUGGUCACCUCGAGAGGCAGGAGAGCAGCGGAGGAGGAGCACUACCAGCUGGGCAGCUUCAGUGCGGACAGCGGCUGUGACGAGGGUCAGGACUCUGCAAGCAGCAACAAAACUCAGCCAUCGGGGCGUCGCCUGGGUGGUGGCAGCUUAAACGGUCUGGGAGGGUCGCGAGUACACGUGUCGGAGACGAUGGUCACGGUGCUGGUGAAGGACAUCAACGAUAACCCUCCCGUCUUCCCCAACGCCACCAUGUACGGGGAAGUGCAGGAGAACGGCCCUAUUGAUCUGUCAGUGGUGGUGAUAGCCGCCUGGGACGCCGAUGACGUCUCAGAGGGCACCAACGCCAGGAUAACUUACACCAUCCAGAAGAACGUGGUGUACGAGCCGACGGGGGAGGCCAUCUUCACCGUCCACCCCGAGACCGGCCUCGUCCGUACCUCCAUCUGUUGCCUGGACCGAGAGACAACACCUGAGUACGAGGUCCAGGUGGUGGCCACAGAUGGUGGAGGUCUCCAAGGCACGGGCGUGGUGGUGGUGAGGCUGGUGGAUGUGAACGACAACUCGCCCCGCCUGGAACAAUCACUGUGGGACGUGGAGAUAGACGAGACCUGGGGCCCUGGACCACCUGAUGACUCCACCCUCCUUCAGAUCACCGCCCUCGACGCUGACACCUCCAACUACUUCUUCUACAGGGUGGUGGAGGCCAGCGGGUGGGGCUGGGAGCACUUCGGCAUCAGGUCUGUGGGAGCCGAGGGUCAACUGUUCUCCCUCCAGACACUUGACUACGAGGACGACACUCAUCGGCGAGGCUUCAAGUUUAUGGUGCAAGUGACGGACAGGGGUCGCGGGGGAUGGAGGGACCCCCGCCACGUGGACGCCGCCUGGGUGUCCAUCCGCCUGAGGGACAUCAACGACAAUCCGCCCAAGUUCCACCGCCCACACGCCCACGUUACUGUGAGGGAGGAUGCCGCCCCAGGCACACUCCUAGCCGCCCUCCCCGCCCACGAUCCUGAUAUGGGCGGGGUGGGGGAGGUGCUGUACCGGGUGGAGGGGGGCUGGGGCGCCCUCACUGUCGACUCUGAGGGAGGAGUCAGCCUGCGUCACGCGCUGGACCGCGAGGCUCCUGACGGCGCUAUAGGUGUGGCCAAGAUCGUGGGUGUGGACCGUGGGCGGCCGCCCCUCUCCGCCACCGCCACCCUCACCAUCACCGUCACCGACGUCAACGACAGUCCGCCCGUCCUAUUGCCGCCCACAGUCUUCCAUGUGACGGAGGGCGCCGCCCCAACACUCCUUGGCUCCCUCACCGCCACCGACCACGACGUGUGGGCGCUGGGCCAUGGCCCGCCCUUCAACCUCUCCCUGGCGCCCACCAACCCCGCCCAUGUCCUCGCCCACAUCAACAUCAAGUUCGACCCUCACCUGGACAGUGGACGGGGCGGGGCGGAGGUGUGGACGGUAGGCGCCGUGGACAGGGAGGAACACCGUCAGCUGCUGGUGGGGGUGUUGGUGGCUGACGCUGGGGGGAUGGCCGCCACCCACACCGUCACCAUCAUCGUCGACGACAUCAACGACAACCCCAUGAAGCCCGCGGCCAAGACCGUCUACCUCUGGAAGACUCAGGGCGGGGGGUCGGAGGCGCCCCUAGGUCGGGUGUACGUGGAGGACCCCGACGACUGGGACCUGGCGGACAAGACCUUCAGCUGGCAAGGUUCUCCUCACCCGGUCUUCUCCCUCAACACCCAAACUGGUGACAUCUUUGCCUCCAGCCAGGUCAGAGCCGGCAGGUAUGAGCUACAGUUUACGGUGAGCGACCAUCUGUGGGGACAGCGAGACGUGGCGGCCAAUGUGACGGUGACGGUGAAGGUGCUGACUCCUGAUGCCCUCGCCCACGCCGCCCCCGUCACCCUCACGCCCACCACGCCCGCCCACCUCACCCGGGGAUGGACGCCAGAGCACGGCGGGGGCGGGCUGGGACGGGUGAUACAGGGUGUGUUGCGGGUGGUGGGGGAGGCCGCCCAUACAGUAGAAGUGGUCAGUGUCUACACCCACCCAGACCCCACCCACCUAGAUGACGCCCACCUAGACCACAACGACGCUGGCCACACCCACCCUUACCAUACUCCCGGAUCUGCUAGCAUCUUUACCAACACGCCCACACGCUCACAACAUUGGAUGACCCACGCCCCCUCAGCCUGUGUGUGGGUGAACGUGAGGGAAAGUCAGGGAGGCUUCAUGGACCCCAUUAAGUUACAGGGUCUUCUAGCAUUACGUUCACACCAGGUAGAGGCGGCGACCAACCUAACAGUGGUAGCGGAGGCCCCGUCGUCAGGAGGGUCUGGUGGAGGUGCGACCAACACCCAACACUACCUGACCUUCCCGUCCCUCCUCCACGACGGCGGCCCACCUGACCCCUCCUCCGCCGCCUACAGGGCCUCCACAACCCUCCCGCUACAGGUAGUGGACAUAAACUCCACCUCGUUAGUAACCCCACGCCUCACCCGCGCCCACGUCUGCUACGCCCAUGACCUGGAGACGUGCACGCCCACCUCCUGUCUAAACGGCGGGCGCUGCGUCGGCUCCCUCACCGGCAACAGGUGUGUGUGUCCUGGGGGGUCGUGGGGGGCGCGGUGUAAGGUGCUGGGCAGGACCUUCUCUGGCGCGGGGUGGGCGUGGGUGAGGCCUCUCCCUUCCUGCCUCCCCACUACUAUAUCUCUCAAACUCCUCACACGCCGCCCACACGCCCUCCUCCUCUACUCCGGCCCCUUAGCGCCCGCCCCACCACUCCCUAACCUCCCGACUACGCCAAUGUUGGCUCUGCAAGUGUGGCGUGGGCGGCCUCAGCUGUUGCUGGAGGGAGGCGCUGGGGCGGUCAAGCUGGAGGUUAACACUACAGUCAACGACGGUGACUGGCACACCCUCCACCUCUACCUCCACCCUCACGGUGUGGCCCUGAUGGUGGACGUGUGUGGUCACAGCCGCGGGUGGGACAACGACACACUCGACGACUCUGACUGUGUGGCGCGGGCAUCCUGGCCCAACCCUGAGGGCGUGGGGGCGUGGAUAGGCUCCGGUCCCCUCCAAGUGGGUGGGUUGGCCCACACAGCCCCCAGCCCCGCCCACCAUGGAUGGAGUGAGGCGCCCACACCGCGCCCACUAGAUGGCUGCGUCUCUCACCUCACAGUCAAUAGUCAGCUGGUGGACCUGGGGGAGCCCGCCUACAGCCUGGGUAGUGAGGGCGGCUGUCACCUACAGGAGGCAGCGUGCCCGGGCAGUUGUGGUCACCGAGGCCAGUGUGUGGGCGGUCUGAACCACCCUGAUUGUGAGUGUGAGCCAGGGUGGGCGGGCCCCUCCUGUGCCUCGCCCACCGUGCCCGCCACUUUAGGGUCGGCGUCCUAUGUUAGGCUCACGCUGUCCUUCAUACCGGGGCCGCGGGUGGUGACGGCACAACUGAGGCUGAGGACCCGCGGCGCCCGUCACGGCCUUCUGCUGCACCUGGCCACACAACAACAACUGACGGCGUUAACGAUACACCUGCGGGCAGGUGUCGUGUGUGCGUCAGUCACGGGGGUGGCAAGGGUGGCCUGUGUGGAGGGGCGGCCGGUGGGUGACGGCGCCUGGCACACCAUCAGGGCUGAGCGUCACGGACACAACCUGGUGGUGAGCGUGGACGACGGUGAUGGCUGGCGACGUAAUGAGUCUCUCGUGUCUCUGGAACAACCUGACGAAGAAGGGGACGUAAGGGAGUCACCCGUGCCCCUGGACCUUGGUCAGAAUGAAGGAGUGACUGUGGGAGGUCUGCCAGAGUUGGUGGGCGUGAACAUCGUCAACGUUUUAGAUGACCUGCAGGAGAGUUGUAUUGACGACGUGCGAGUAUCGGGUCGCCAGCUGCCGCUGCCGCCUGCCGUGAAUGGCACCAGCUGGGGGCAAGUGACCACCUGGCAGAAUGUAGAAUCUGGCUGUAAUGCCUCGGACGCUUGCCUCAAUACCACCUGUGACGCCCCCCUCUCCUGUGUGUCCACCUGGGGCGCCACCACCUGCAGCUGUGGUUCAGGGAGACAGCUGGUGGGCCGCAGCUGUCAGGACCUGGACGAGUGUGUGUGGCGGCCAUGUCUACACGGUGGCACCUGCUACAAUCUGCGGCCCGGGUUCCAGUGUGUAUGUGGCCCGGGUCACGCUGGUGACCACUGCCAGUGGAACAACCUGGCCACCGCGGGCCACCCACUUACCGCCCCCGUGGCCAUCGCUACUGUCGCAGUCUCUCUCCUCCUCCUGGUGGUGGUGGGUGUGGUGCUCUCCGUCAGGCUCCGUCGUCAGUGGUUCACCAGGGGGCCUCGAGCACGGCAGGGGGAGGCGGGGGGGCAGGAGGGCACCGUACUGGAGAUGAAGGACGGUGUGGAGAGUGACGCUCAGGUGCUACAGGCGGAUCAUCACCAGGCCCUUCUACACUGCCUCAGACUGCCGCUUCCACACCACCACACCUCCUCCUCCUCCCAAGACAAAGAGGAAAGUGUCCCAGUAAGUCACAACACACCCUACACUGGUGACGCCCCAGUUACUACUAGUGUACCGGUAACAACUAUUGUCCCGGUUAGUGUGGGCGUGCCGAUGACAGCCAGUGUACGGGUGAGAGUGACUGCAGGCGUGGUAGGCCUCGACCCUUUGCCAGCCAAGGACGACCUCAGAGCUUACGCCUACGAGGGUGAUGGUUCCUCUGCCGGAUCUCUAUCGUCUGCCUUAUCAGGUUUACGGGAGGAGCAAUUUGACACAGAAAACAUCCAGUCAUUAGCACCUGAAUUCCUAGAAGUAAUGGACCUAUUGAGGAACUUACCUGAAGCCACCAAGUCUCCCUCACUCCUACCUAAACUCAAGGAGCAGAAGGCGAGGAGAAGGAGGAGUUCGGUCGAGUCCACAGUGAGUUUAGUUGCCGCCACACAGUGUAGGUCACCACACGGGACGAGGAACAAGAUCUCUUCUAUAGUGAAAAGGAAAUUUGGUUCCUCGCCUGUUAGUACCAAGACGGCUAAUGCUGCUACUGCCUCUACUGCCUCUACUGCCUCUACUGCCUCUCCCAAACAUGUUGCUUCGACUGCUGAUGAGGAACGGACGACGGUGUGAGGUGUCUGUCUGUCUAUCUAUCUGUCUGUCUGUCUGUCUGUGUAUGUCUGUGUGUGUGUUGUCUGUGUAUGUA